UUGGUGGUGCGAGCGGAGUACAAUGGCUCACGUUGUUUGCGCUUUUUGCAGAGGCUUUUUUCUUCCGGAGGGUCCGUUCGUAAUGAAAACUAACCUGGGUCCCCGAAACUAAAAGGCCUCCUUUUUGUGCCCCUCCAAUCCCUCUUUCGCCUUCUUCCUCUGUAUGGGCGUUACCGCUCAACGUCCUUCCCUCCAAAGUGCAAACCCCAACCUUGCUGCCUCUUCUCUCCUUGCCGUUUCACCAGAUAUGUCGGCCAACGAUCCCGGUUUCAUACUCUUCGGCCAAAAGAUGUCCUCCUGCUCCUCGGGAUCUCAGAUUCCGGUCGCCUCUUCUCUGAUCCCUUCCAACUCUCCCCCCGAGCAUGCUUGGAGUAGCUCAAAGAAAUCAGAAGUCGGAAUGCCUUCCACUGACAACUCCGAACAACAGGAUGUGCAGAAGGAUGAGCCAAUGAAGAUGAGCAGCACAGAAGAAAUUAAAGCGAUGAAGAAACCGGACAAGAUUCAACAGUGUCCACGAUGCAACAGUAUGGACACAAAGUUCUGUUAUUUCAAUAACUACAACGUGAAUCAACCUCGACAUUUCUGCAAGAGUUGCCACAGAUACUGGACUGCCGGUGGAGCAAUGAGAAAUGUCCCGGUGGGUGCUGGAAGACGGAGGAACAGGCAGCUAUCCUCCCCAUACCGCCACACCUCAUCAUCGUCUGAGGGCACUCCAUCUCACCAACUCUUCUCGACACUUGAAUCCUCAGCAGCAUUCAAGUCAGCCCCACCAGAUAAUACAAGUACCGUGUUGAGAUUUGGUCCAGAGGCCCCUGUUGCUGAAUCGGCUGCUUCAAUUCUGAAUCUUGGAAGUGGGGAGGAGGUAUCCAGAUGUGGAUCUGCUGUGACUAGUGCUGGUGGUGCCCGGGGAAAUGAAGUACCAGAACUUCCAAUGCAAUGGAGCAGACCAGGUGUGUCCAAUCAGGUUAAUACAACGAAUGGCGUGCGAUGUUAUCCUGCUGCUCCAUGGGUGUUUCCAGCGCAGUGGCAUGCUGAGAAUGGGAUUGGCUCACCAAACAUUCCCGUACAAUUUGUUGCAGCUCCAUGCUGGAGUAAUGGGAAUGUCUGUUCUGCAGGAGGAACAGGAACGGUUUCAGUUGGCUCAAAUGGUUGCCUCUCCUCUUCGUCCUCCACCAGUAAUGGCCAUUGCUCAGGCAACGGUUCCCCAGCACUUGGAAAGCACUGAUGAAGAGAAAUCAGACCGGUGUUCAUUUUCUAGCAGCUAGUUAUCGGGCUCAUGUUUCCAAGAGAGCACACAAUGAGUUCCUUGUUUUAUUAUUUUUUUUUUUGGGCUGUAAUCCUUACAUGAUCUGGUGCCUAUUGCUGGCUUUUAGUCCUUUGCGGAACCAAUUUUUAUAGAUUUAGUUUUUAUGGCGUCCUCGAUUAAAGUUAUUGUGUAGGUUGAUCCUUGAGAAUCGAUGAUUCUUGGCGUUUGAGCCACUGUAAUCAACCUUUUAUUUAUCGUUCACAGGAUUAAAGAUCAGAAGUAAUAUAAAGAUCUGUUUUGUA